CUACACCACUGCUAUACCAGUUCAUUGAGACUCGUUGGCGGUGUACUGUGUAGCAUUUGCGGCCUGUCUCAGUCACGAGUAUCAUAUAGAAGUGCAGUGUAGUCAUUGAAUUUUCUAAAGUGUUGUAUAGUUUCUGUUUUUUCUCUCGUGCAUCUAACACGUGGCUUUAUUAUACCUCGUGUUAAUAGAGUCAGCAGAACAGUGUUGCUUUUUACAAACGAAUUUAACAGAAAUUAAUUUGAAAAAAUGCCGAAAACACCACCUCAUCCGAGGUCGCACUCGACGGAGGCCGGGGCCUCGUCGUCGAGAAGUUCCAGCGCGGCCAGCUCGUCCGGCAGCAUUCCAAAUGGCUAUCAUCCUAAUAAACCCAAGAGCUCCAGCCGAGAGUCUACUAUCAGGAUGAAUCAAAAGGAAAAGGACAAAUACAUGGAGGAAUUCAAUUUUCCCUACUGCGAAGAGUCCUCGAAGUACGAGAAGGUAGCCAAAAUUGGUCAAGGAACUUUCGGAGAAGUGUUCAAAGCCGUUGAAAAAGGUGGAAAAAAGAGAGUCGUCGCCAUGAAAAAAGUCCUCAUGGAAAAUGAAAAGGAAGGCUUUCCUAUCACUGCUCUCAGAGAGAUAAGAAUAUUGCAGCUGCUGAAAAAUGAAAAUAUCGUCAAUCUCAUUGAGAUCUGCAGGACAAAAGCUACACAGCAUAAUCGUUAUCGACCAACGUUCUAUUUGAUCUUUGAUUUUUGUGAACACGAUCUUGCUGGUCUUCUAUCCAACGGCAAUGUGAAAUUCAGUCUAGGCGAAAUCAAGAAAGUAAUGCAACAGCUACUCAAUGGUCUUUACUACAUUCACAGCAAUAAAAUUUUGCAUAGAGACAUGAAGGCAGCAAAUGUUCUCAUUACAAAAAAUGGUAUAUUAAAAUUGGCUGAUUUUGGAUUGGCUAGAGCAUUUAGCAUCCAGAAAAAUGGAACAGCUAACAGAUACACAAAUCGAGUUGUUACAUUGUGGUAUCGGCCGCCAGAACUCUUAUUAGGUGAUAGAAACUAUGGUACGCCGGUAGAUAUGUGGGGCGCAGGAUGUAUAAUGGCUGAAAUGUGGACAAGAUCUCCUAUUAUGCAAGGCAACACUGAGCAACAACAAUUGACAUUAAUUUGUCAAUUGUGUGGUUCAAUUGACCCAUUUACUUGGCCUGGUGUUGAGAAUUUAGAACUUUACAAUAAAAUAGAGCUAAUAAAAGAUCAAAAAAGAAAAGUAAAAGAUAGGUUGCGACCAUAUGUAAAAGAUGCUUAUGGAUGCGAUCUUAUUGACAAAUUGCUUGCUUUAAAUCCAGCUAAAAGAUUUGAUGCUGACUCAGCUUUGAAUCAUGAUUUCUUUUGGACAGAUCCAAUGCCAUGUGACUUAUCUGAAAUGUUAAGCAAACACUCUCAAAGCAUGUUUGAAUAUCUCGCACCUCCAAGACGAGCCACUAUGAGACCAGCCACUGGUGUCACAGCAUCUCAGAAACCUCACAAUAAUGUGGUCACUGACACAGGCUAUCAAGACAGAGUCUUUUAGCAAAAUAUUAUUGGAUUUCGCAAUAAUUAAUGAUUUUUAAAGUAAAUUUUAAGUAAAUAAUUUUAAGUAAAUCUACUUAUUUGUUAAUUCUCAGUCAAAAUAUGACAAAUUUUCCAUUAGUUCAAAGAUUUAAAAUCUUUGCAAUUUUUUCUAUUCAAAAACUACUUUGAAAUUUUUUAAUUAAUUGAUUUUCUGUAUAAGUUUAUUUAGACUUUCUGUCACAUUGACUUGAUUUGACCUUCUCUGAGAUUGUUGUACAGUAUGAAAAAAAGCUUCAUAAAUAAUUUUUAUGAAGUUUUGUUAUGGCAUUUCUGUAUGUAUGGCUGUAUAUAUAAUUAUAUAAUAAGUAUAUCAUGUGAUAUAGUAUAACAAAACUAGAUUUGUUUGUACUUUAAGCAAAAAAUAAAGGCCAAAAUAUGGCGUAAAAAGUUA